AUGCUCCGACGGGUAUUUUUAUCAACAACAACAAGAAGAUUCAAAUUGCGAUCAAUUCAAACGGUUUUCGAAGAAGAAUAUUAUGAGGAACAGGUUUAUGAGAAAGCUGAGAAGAAAAUGGACAAAAAAGAUAUGAGGUGAGUUUUUGGAAAAAUAUUUAGUCUACUGAAAUUAGGUUUGUCUCACUUUAGUGGAAAUAUGAUGCGGAAAUAAUCCGAUCAUCACGUUGCACUGCGUAAAACGUUUCUGCACAAAUUAUUUUGCAAUACGUUACGAAGAACCUUACGCUGUUAUUUAAGUUGUAUUUUCUGAAAAUACACAUUGAAACCUACAACUCACAAACAAAUCAACAGUGAAGUUUUCAGAAUGAGAUGUUAGAGGAGGAUGAAACUCAAUGACAAAGAAAGAUUUUAAAAAAAUAAUACAGAAAUAUUGAAACGUAAAAAAUAUCCGAUUUUUUCAUACAAAAUUAGAGCGUUCAUUGAAUAAUUUUUGAGGUUUUCUCAGAGAAAUGGGCUGGAGAACCGGCGGAGAAAACGACCUGUCGGCGAACUUUCGGACAACCGCCGGAAUGUCUGACCAACACUAUUUCGUCGAAACUUUUGUCCGCCGGUUAUCCGAAAGUUCGCCGACAGGUCGUUUUCUCCGUCGGUUCUCCAGCCCAUUUCUCUGA